AGAAGUGAGCAAAGCUAAAACUAACAAAGAAAGCCAAGCGCGACAGAAUGACAGAGCCAGUAGCCGUAUGAAUGGUAAAUGGUAAAUGGACGGAUGCGACUAAUGUGAGUUUAUUAGUUAGACGCACACGGACUGUCGCGUUGUUAGGACGUGCUUUCUUGCAAAAUAGUUCAAGAAUAGUGGAAUUGUUUUAUAUCUCUGUCUGCGUACUUUUGCAAUAACGUGUGUUUCGAUAUUACUAAUAUUACUGUCAUGUACAGAUUUACACAUACAAAUCAAAAGAACUUUGUUAUCAGUGCAUAAGUGUAAUGUGUUGUGUCUACAAGCUGGACUUACAAACAUUCAAACGCCGAAUCAAAAUUAAAAAAAAAACAAACGUGAAUAAACAAUUAGAGCUCUAAAGCCGCCGCGAGAACCAAACGAGCAUUUAUCUACCUGUAUCGGAAAUUUGUCACUAUUAUCAGUUUCGUUCAUUUGUCCAGUUGUGUAUGAAAUAAUUUCUAAUAACUUUAGCGGCGGAAAUAAACAAACCGAUUGGACACCGCAUGUGAAUCGAACGCAGAGAGACGGUUUUUGGCAGAGUUUGUGGUGCGACCGAGUAGUGACACGAAUCCUCCCACUGAGCAUACAAACAGACGCAUUUGUUUAUAUAUGUAAGCGCGUGUGUCCGAAUGUACAUAACAUAGAGCUGUGGUGCACAUGGAUACGAACAAACAUACGAGCGCACAGGCCUUUCCAUGCGAGAGUGUGGCGGUAAAUAGCAUGUCACCCCUAUCCCGCCGCGUUUAACCAACUGAGCGACAUCCUCGUCAAUCAGCUGCUUAUCCAUUCCCGGCGCUAAUGCAUAGCGUUGGCUGCAUACUGCCAUCAGUGCUAGCGUCGACUUUACCACCAACGCCACCUCCAUCCGCCACUGUGCGGCCGCCGUCACCGCCGUCGACGACACAAACAACGUAACCAAUAAACCAAAAUCAGAUUUUCAAAUUGGCAUCAAAGUGUAAAAACCGUUAGAUAAAAUUGAAUUAUCCCAAUGUAUGUGGCCACAGUCACUCGCAGGACAUCGGCGCGCACGGACGCACUCAUACUCGCACUUGCACGCAGGCAGUGCAGAAGCGAAGAAAUACGUACGAUUUUGUAGUAGUUUUCUCUUCAACAUUAGCCACCAGUGACCGGUAAAUGUUCUAUUUAACUCUCUCGCUCGUUCGCUCCCUUACAAGUGAUUCUGGCAAGUUUCUAAUUGGAAUCGAAUUGUCGAAUUAGAAGCGGUGAACCCGUAGAAGUAUAACAGCAUACACAAUAAAAACAAUAACAACAUCGACAUACCAAAUCAUAAAUAAAUAUAAUGAAACACACUCACAUACAAGUUCAUGUGCGCUCAUACAAAAAUACAAUGAAUAACAACAAAAAAGUGUCGAGAAACUGAAACUGAAACAGAAGUGGAGUUUCCAGCGGUGCAAUAACAUUCCGUAAAUGCCGACAACUCACGAAUAAAAUCUACUGAAAUAAAAUAAAUUGCAUUUGCUGUUUUUCUUUAAAACAAAGUGUAUAAGGUUCCUAUCGUUAAUUAAAAAUAUUAAAAAAAUAUUGUGAUUAUUUACAUAUGUAUAUGUGCUUAUGUGCUAAAACAAAUAAACAACAAAUGAGCUUUUUAAUAUGAAAACUUGAAAGCAAAGUGUUGACGCGUGAAAUCGGAGUGUUGUCGGAUCGGUCCAAACGAAAGCCUAUACAUGAACUUAACGUGGUACUUGGUAUAUAUUUUAGACUGAUUCAAUUCAAUAUAUUAUAUUUACAUAUCACUUCGUGCGUGUGUGGGUUAAACUCGCAACGCACCGACGCAACUGAAAUAUUGUAGCCGUGGCGGGAGUGCCUCUUGAUGUGGAUAUACUCCUCGGUAGGCUUCAAUAUACCCUACUAAUUGCUAACUCAGGAAAGAUGAGAAUUAAAAUGCCCGCCGUCAGAAUUGCACAAGACUCAGAUGCCAUGGAAACAGACCCGUCGGCACAGGAUAUGCUCACAUGUGGAUCCUGCCAAAAAGCUUUUGCACUUUCUGAUAUCGUUAAAUUUAUUCAACACAAAGUGCUGCAAUGCAACAAAGAGAACUAUGGACAGUGCUCCACUCAAGCCCCGUCGACUGAUAGAGAUACGGAUGAUGGCCGACCUCUAAGCUUAGUCAACAGAAGACCAUCGAUAUCGGCACCAAUAAUUAGUAGAAAAACUUCUGGGUCUGGAUCGCGAAUACACACGCCGCCUCCAAGCCCUGCGGACCUCUUAGCUGAUGGUGCGUCGAGCACACCUAAGCGUUUAGUGGACGAAAAUGAUAACACAACACCCAGGAAUGAUGAAGCAGUGGAGAAAAGUGCGUCUUUGGAAAUCGCCAACCAUAACUUAACCGAAUCGUAUGUCGCAAGCGAUUCAGAAAAAACAAAUACCGUAAGGAUAAAGCAGGAACAAGAGCAUAGUGAUGAAGUGAACAUAAAUAUUGCAUUGCAUGCAAAUGAUUGCAGCCUAGACAAUAACGAUGGGCAGCCGUUGUCGAAACGUCCUAAAAUAGAAGUGGUGGACGCGGAAUCCAACACAUUGCACACAGAACCGAGUUAUUACACAUGUUCUACAUGCAAAGUUCGUUUCACAUCUGCUUGGCGCUUGAUUCAACAUGUGCAGCAUUCGCAUGACGUUAAGAUAUAUGUAGAACUGCCCAGCUCUCUAUCUCCACAUUCCAAUUCAGCGACGGAUCCUGCGUUAUCGAAUUUGCCUACAUCAGCCUCUUUGCCUGCGAUUGUAGCGGCUCCGGCAAAAACUUUAGCGAUAUCAACUGCACAGCCCUUAUCGACUUUACCCUCCGCUUCUUCUUCUUCUUUAUAUCCGCCCGUCAGUCAUCAAUCACACAAAUCUGAUAACUCGAGUACAAAUUGCAACAAUAGCAAUAACACCGGUAGUGGAACUAAUAACUCCGCUGCUGGCAUACCAACCCCCACUUGUAGUGGUCACGCAAAUGCUGCCCAACAGCAUCAUCAACAAAUCCAGCAUCAACUUCAGCAACAUCGAGCAGCAGUUGCUGCUGCAGCAGCUGUUGAGCAACAUAAGCAACAACAACAAAGCAAUCUGACUACAGCAAUGCAGAAUGCGCAAAAUUUAGCAGUCGCUGCCGCUGCGGGCAUUCGGCAUCACACGCUAUUGCCACCGCCCGAUAUACAUGCAAACCCAUUUAACCUGCUGCGAAUGCCUUUACCACCUUCAUUGGCACAAAAUCCUGUAGUUCCUACUGUAACGCCUCUAUUUUCGCGACCCCAUCCCGAUCAUUACAGAAUGGAGCAACUUGUGUCUGAGCAGUUUAGGCAUCAUGGCUUGAAUUUAGCAGCAGCAGCUGUAGCGGCGGCAAGUUCACUCUCCACGCCGCAUUCUGGAGUUUCUCAAUUCAGCCAAGGUACUAAUGCCGCUUCGAAUAAUUCGAUGGAAUCACGUCCUCCUUCGAACAGUAAUAGCCACCGUGGAUCGGCGCCGCCCACACCACUACCACCUCCACCAAUAAUUCUUCCACAACAGAACACCGCCAAUCAGGUGGGUUCUCAGACUGGUAUUAAUCUUGAGCCGCAGAUGGAUUUUUACUCGCAGCGAUUGCGUCAGCUUGCAGGAACAACAAGUCCUGGGGCUGGAAAUAUUGUUAACUCGAGCUCGCCGAGUCCACGACAAAAGCAAUCGCCUCAUUUUGCGAGCCCAUCACCAUCCCAACUACCUCCAACACCAGUGACAAAUAAUACGAGACCACAUUCGCUAACUCCUCCACAAAAGAGUGAUUCCGUGAAACAGGAAAUUGAAAAUAUCAAUUCUACUCCUCGAUCAGCUUCUACACCGCCUUCAAAGCCCAGUCAAGAAAAUGCUGCUGUAUUUGCUUGUCCGUAUUGUGAAAAGAAAUUCAGAUUUGAAAAUAACUUGAUAAUUCAUCAGAGAACACACACCGGAGAAAAACCAUACAAAUGUACAGCAUGCGAAUUCGAAUGUUCCCAUAUCAAUAAACUUAUGAAGCAUAUGAGAGUACAUCGUGGUGCCGAAGAUAGUGCAAGUAAUGCAGGAUCGAUAGAUUCCAACGAUGCUGGAGAUUCAGAAGCUGAUGCGGACGCUGACGCAGAAGCUGAAGGUGAAGCAGAAAUCGAUGGAGAGGAGGAGAACGUUGACGAGGACGGAUUAGAUGAUGAAGAGGAGGACGAUGUUGAAGAUGGAGAAGAUAUCGAUUAUGAAGCGGAAGACCUAAGUGUUAGUAAUAGGAUCGAUACACAGAGUGAAAGCCCAAAAGCUACAAGUACUGGCCCUACAUCGCUGGUAGGUGAACUGAUGGACAAAUUUGGUUUGUCGAACAUUGCACAAUACUCUGAAGCUUACAAGCAAGCAUUGCAGGAAUCUGGAAAAUUCAAAUAUUUAACAAAUAAGGAUAGGGACAAUAACAACUCAAGCAAUUCAGCAAUAUCCCACGUAUCCGAUAAAUUGAAUGGCUACCCAAACGCAUUACGUCUGCGAGAUGAGCUCUCAAAGAACAUUUUUCAGCAAUCACCUCAAUCUGAUGGCCAGAAUCAAGUACCGCUAUUCAAUCCAUUUCAAAACCCAUUCGAACUUUCCAAACGAGUGAAAAUGGAUGGCAAUGACUGGUGGAAUAUGUCAGCUUUGCAUCGAAAUGACUCCAUUUUCGAGAAUCUCAAAAUGAAGCCAUUGGGUCUUGGCACUGCCAACUCAAUGCUUCAUAAUCAAAUGCUGAAAAAAGAUAAUCGACAACGCAAUGACACGUGUGAAUUCUGCGGUAAAGUUUUUAAGAACUGUUCCAACCUUACCGUUCAUCGGCGAAGUCAUACGGGAGAGAAGCCAUACAAGUGCGAACUGUGUUCCUAUGCCUGUGCGCAAAGUUCAAAAUUAACCCGUCACAUGAAGACGCACGGACGCACUGGCAAAGACGUUUACCGUUGCCGUUUCUGUGAUAUGCCUUUUAGUGUGCCGUCAACACUAGAGAAGCACAUGCGCAAAUGUGUUGUCAAUCAAGGUAAAGCGGCAGCAGCAGCAGCAAACGCGGCCAACGCGGUGGCAGCAGCGCAAGCGGCAGCUGCAGCCCAACAUCUUCAAUCACAAUUACCUGCGCAAUUAUCACCUGCAAGCUCACUCUCGUCCUUCCCAUCACAAUAUGUCGGCAUCACUGGCAGCAAUACUGGUAACAAUAUGUCACUGCCCGGUAGCAUUAGUGGCGACAACGACACCAACCUGCCCACAAACAUUCCAACACACCACAUCUCACUGAAGGAAGAGGCAUGACUUUUUCCGCGGUGGAUUGGAAACACAAACAGCGGUCCGGAUAAUCCUAUGAACUACAGUCCACAUCACCAACACAUACCACCACAAUUAUUGCCACCCUUGCCACCACCACAUCA